AUGUCUAGUGUUCCGAAACGUGAUUUAUUCCAAAACAUUCGAAACAUGAUGGAAGGAGAUUUCAAUGCCGAAAAAUUUAAUGAUGUAACCCAGAAUUUGUACUUUUUAAGCGAAUCAAUGCUAUCAGAGAUGAUCGAUACUGCAAGAGUACAUGCUCAAUCGAUGUUUGAUUGUGAGGAUCAUUUAUUGCAACUAAUUUCAUUCAUCGAUUUAACUACUCUAAACAGCGAUGAUACGAAUGAUGUGGUCGAGCGGCUUAUUGAUAAAGCUGUUUUACCGUAUCCUACGGAGCCGGAAGCGGAAUGUGCUGCCAUUUGUGUUUAUCCAGCAAGAAUUACGGGUGCUAAACGUUAUCUGCAUUCAAAGUAUGAUCAACAGCAAUCGUUAGCUAUAUGUUCAGUAGCAGCAGGUUUCCCGUCGGGACAAUAUCGAAUGGAAUCGAAAAUAUUGGAAGUGAAAUUGGCAGUAGAAGAUGGAGCUAAUGAAAUUGAUAUUGUUAUCAGUCGUGAUGCUGUGAUAGAACAAGAUUGGAAACGUGUGUAUUGCUUUCAGGACUUCAUUAAUUAA